GUUCAUUCGCAAACGAAACGAGUUGGAGUGCAAACGUGCCAAGCGGAAGAUCAAGUUGUAUUAUAGCCCGGAGUGGGAGAUCACACUGUAGUGUCUCCAGCAACAACGCCAAGAUUACAAAGUUGAAUAAAGUUAAAAUUUGCAGUAAUAUAUCGAAUAAAAUGCACGUGACGGGUGCAUGUCAAACCCAAUAAUUUGCAUAGAGCUGUCCAAUCAGUUAACCCACUUUCUAAACGACACCGAAGAAAAGAAAAAUAUACAAAAAUCGACCGAAAAUUCAAGCAACAACGAAACCAAUUAACAAGCUUAUAAUAUUGAGUAAAUAACAGAAGAAGCAAGUGAUUCAGAAAGAGAUAUUGUUUACUUCUAAGCUCUAGUUUUUUUUUAAGUCUUCCAAGUGAAGUGCCUAACAAAUUCGAAAGAAAAUACUCACGCUAAAUCGUUCUCUAACAACACCGCAAAAAGUGAGAAAAGCUGACUGGAAAACGCACGGGAAACGACACUGAUACCGGAACGCGUCUAUUCCUGUCCCUCAGCCGAGCACCCCCGUCGCCUGUCAGUCAAUUGAAACCGCAACAGCAGCAGCAACAGCAACGGCAGCAGCAGCAGGCAGAAGCAACAAUCUGCAGCACUGUAUACUCCUACCCGAUACCCGCCUAGCCGCCACGCCGCGAGAGGAAAAACCGGACAAGCCAGUCAAUAGAGUGGGCAAAAACGUGACAGGAGCAAAAGUUCAAGCAGAAUAUGGCCUAAGGUUGUGCGAGAGCAACCAGCCACAACUUGCACAACAGCAUAGCAACACAGCAGCAACAUGUCGUCCUCGAUUUGCUCACACUUUACGCAGAACGCGUGGAAGAAGGAUCUGUGCUCGAACUGCUUCAAGUCCAAGGACGAGCACAAGGCAGCCGCAGCAGCAGCCGCCUCCAAGCUGCUGGGCGCCAGCAGUCACAAGCAGCCAGAGGUGCAGCCCAAAGCGGACUACCCCAACAAGCACAGGACACCGGCCAAGAGCAUCAUCAAGAAGGCCUUUGGGGUGCGGCUGACCAGCAGCAGCAGCGGCAGCAACUCCAGCAAGUCCAGCGGCGGCAGCCACAGCAGCGCCAAGAGCGGCAAGGUUUGCUUUCCCAAGCAGCUGCACGAGAUCAUUGGCUAUGGGGGCGAAUGGUCGGACGACGAUGACGACGAUGACGAUCAUGACUUUAUGAAUCUGGGCAACGAGCACGAUGACAUGGCCAUCACGGAGACGGACGACGAGGAGACCGUGGAGCUCAAGCGGAUUACGCGUGCCAACACCGACUUUAACAUGAACAAUGGCAAUCUGCUGGGCGAUGCAGAGGAGAACAUUAAGAAGUCGUUUGCGGCCCUCAAGCUGGGCGCACCCCAGGUGGACAAGGAGGGCAAGAAGCAGACGCUCACCAUCAAUGUGAUGCCCUUCGGGCAGCCCCUCAAGGGAUCAGCAGCCAAGGCAGCGCCAGCAAAGGUUGCUCCACAGGAGAGCAAAGCCACUGCAGCAGCAGCAGCAUCCGUGACAGCUGCCACCACAAAGGCCAAGACGGCCACAAUUACCACAGCCAUCAAAAGCAGCAGCAGCAGCAGCAGCACAGUAACAGGCACAGCCAGUGGCACCAAGAAGGUGACCACCACCCUAACGCCCACGCUGACCAUGACCAAGGUGACGCCAGCAAAGGGAACAGCAACAACAGCAACAACAGCCACCUCUUCGCGGGAUGGCAAGGCCAGUCCGCCCAUAGAGCGAGCCAUGGAAAAGUCGCUGCUGGACGAGAUCUCCGAGACGCUGGAGCAGAAGCAAAAGCAGAGCGAACAGAUCACAGCAGCCGCAGCCACAGCCACAGCCACUGUUGCGCCUGCGGGGAGCACCUCAACUGGGGGCUGCAACAAAAUCAAAUUCGAGCUGAACGCACUGAGCGACUCGCCGAAGCCAUUUCUCGACCUUAAGAAGCCCAUCGCGCGGAACGCGCCCAUAGCCAAGGAUCACGCCAAGCCACGCGUGAAUGUCUGCCACAAGUACUCCGACACGGACAGCAACUGCUCGGACACGGAGAACGGGGUGUCGGCCUACUACGACGUUGUGGAGACGCAGCUGAGCUACGAGAAUCUGCCCGAUGGCAAGUACAGUGAGCAGGUGGGCGUGGCCAGUGCCCAGGCGGACAGCAGCAGCGCCAAUACGGCCCACUAUUCGAGCUCCCAGUACAUCACGGACAUGCUGCUCAGCUCGAAGACGCGUGCGGCCAGCUACAAUCUGCACGAGGGCAACUUUAUGACCAGCAAAAUCACCUCCGACGGCCUGAUCGUGACCAAGUGCAGCUCGGACGAUGCCCUCGACUCCACCGGCAGCAGCUUCGACGGCAGCUCCGACGAGGAGAACGCCUACAACAUGAUCCGCAGCGAGUCGGACUCGGGCAUUGGCAUCAGCAUCGGCAGCGAGUACAAGAAUGCGGGCGGCGCCAAGGGAGCGGCCGCCGGCCAGCUGCUGGUGGAGAAGAAGCUCAGCGCCAGCACCAACAACUCGGACUACGAGGACAUACAAAUCGGAGACCAGGCGGCCCCCAAGCCCCAAGCGGCCAAGAGUCGAGAGCUGCACGGCGAGCCCGAUGGCAGCGCCGAUCCGGACAACAGCCUGGAGCAGAAGCAACAACAGCAGCAGCAACAGCAGCAGCAGCAACAAAAGGAGAAGGAGACGGAGGCCAGUGGACAGCAGCUGCCAGCGCUGCCCAAGUCGCCGCCACCGCCCAUGAAGAUGGAUGCCCGCCCCUCGUUUCUGCAUGGCCUCAAGAAGCCCGAGCUGCCGGUCAAGCCGCUCGUCAGCAGCAGCAGCAACAGCAACAGCAGCAACAAUAUUGGUACCGGGGGUCUGAGUCUGAGCACUGGGAACACGCCGCUGAAGAGCUUCCUGGUGGGCAGCAAACGGCAGCCGACCUGCGCCGAGCAGCAGUUCAUCACGCAGCUGCAGUCGGCCAUCUCCAAGUCGAGCGAGAAUCUGCUGCUGGCCGCAGCUGACUCAGCGAAAGAUGCGGAGGCAAAGCUAAAGAAGGGCAAAGCCCCGAAUCCGCCGCCAGAGCCAAAGCUGAGCGCACCGCCCACGCCGGAGCGCGACUACAGCCUCGUAGUUGAGUUCGAGCAGGCCUCGAAGGUGGCCGCAUCGGAGACAUCGCCAGCGUCAUCGCCCCAGCCAGCGGCAAAGGCCACGUCAGCCGGCACCGGUGAGACAUCCACCAAGGAGACUCAACCUCAGCCACAGCCCACUGCGGUUACAGGUGGCUCCGGCUCAUCCGUAGCAGCAGUAGCGGCCAUCAACAGCAGUCUGUACACGAGGAAGCCACCGCUGCCGGUGGCCGGAGCAGCGCCCGUCAUACGGGAGAAGGACAAGCGCGAGCGGGCUGUCAUCAAUCCCAAGUUCCGCAGCCUCAACACCUUCGUCAUGCAGCGGGCCAAUGCGGCCAAGCAGCUGCAGUUGCAGUCCGCCAGCUCUGUGGUGAAUCUCAAGCAGCCACUCACGCCGGAGCCGACGCCGCGCAACCAGCGGCACCUGUCCAUGUCCGAGGAGUGCCUGGCCGCCGCCGUCGGACUGGCGGACAGCAAGAAGUCGCCCUCGCCGCCCCAGAAGCAAAAGUCCAAGUUCUCCAUCAAGAAGUUCCUUCGCAUGGGCAGCAACGGGGGCAGCAAAUCCUCGGAUCCGCUGCACAAGAAGGACUCCAGCGUCUACACGGAGAUUUGCACGGGCGACGACGGCAGUGUGCCCGGCAAGCCGCGGCUCGUCAUCAUCCAUCCGAUCGACAUCAAUCCCACGGCCGUGGAGGUGGUCAAGGACAUCACAAAGACCAGCGAAGCGGUGUCCGCCCAGACGGUGGCCGUGGUCACAGCCAAGCCACCGGCACCGCCCCUGCGCGCCAGCGAGGGACAGCGCGCCCAUGAGGCCAACAAGCCGGCACGCCCACCGCCGCCCAAGAGCGCCGAACUGCGACGCAAGCAGAAGACCGAACUGACGGCCACGCUGAGUGGCAGCAGCGUGGACUCCGCCGCCACCACCAUCGGUUCCAUGAAGCUCAAGGCCGACAAUGUCUAUGCCAAUUUGGGGGAAAUCCGCUCCUCGAUAGCGCCACGUAAGCCCGAGCGUACGGCCAGCAUGCGGGAGCGCGAGGCGCAGCUGGAGCUGGUGCGGAAGCGCGUCAUACUAACCGAUACUAUCUCCAUUUGCUCGUCAAACGGUGAGAAUGUAGCAACGGAUUCAACCAAGUCGUCGCUCAAGACGAACAACCAUGGACAGGAGGGUGGGGGAAAAUCAUUGAAUGUGACACCCACGGCGAACAGUCGGACGAGCACCUUUGAGCGGCAGCCGCAGAAGAAGAGCGAACCGAAGAUGUCCAUUUCCAGCAAGCUGGAGAUCUUCGAGCAGCGGUCCAGCGAUGCCACGGACACGGCCGCACAGCGCAGCAGCCUGAAGGAUUCGGUGCGCAAGAUCAACAGCACCAUCGACAGCUAUCUGAAGGACAAGCGCGACUAUGAGAACCUGUACGAGUUCGUGAAGAUGGGCAACGGCAGCCCAUCGCCCCAACCCCCCACGGGAGCCACUGCACCGGCCGCAGCAGCGAUACCACCGCCACCGCCCACACGCACCAACAUCGAUCUGGCGGCAGUGGCUGGACAGCGCCUAAACCAGGCCACACGACGCAACAAUAUCUACUCGGACACGGCCUCCAUAGCCAGCUACACGCGCAGCGAAUACGGACCCGUGCGCCACUACGGACUGAACAACAGCUUGGCCAACAUUCCACGGAUGAUAUCUGCAUCGUAUGCGGGCAGCGAGGUGGGAGAGUUCGAUAUCUACGCGCCGUACAGCUACUACGGCAGCGAGGCGGGCGGCGAUGUGGCCACAGACAUCAACGACAGCGUCUGGGGCAUGCCACAGGCAAACAAGAACCGCAGCAAGGCCACGAAUCGUUUGCGCAUGCGCAAGGGACGCAGUGUCGUGCACAAGACCAUAGAGGAUAACUACACCGCCGUGGUGGUGGCCAAUCACGAGGCCCUCGCCCAGGUGCUCGAUCAGCUUCAGCAAACUCCAGUGGUUCCAGCGGCACUGCGACCUCUGGCCAAUGCCAUCAACUUGCGCUACGAGGACUUUACCAUACUGGAGGGUGCCCAGGCAUUUGUGGUGGGCAAAAAGGCCUUCCAUGCGGCCCUCUGGACCUCAUCGCCCGUUACCCUCGCCCUGUCCGCCGACUGCAAUCAGCUGUCCGGCGUGGGUGGCGAGCUGAGCCAGUUGACCGGCGGCGUCAGUGAAGUGCUCAAUCCCAUAACCGAGUUCUGCGAUUUGGUGCCCAGCUACCAGCUGCCGCUGAUGCCCUCCACCGAGGUGACCCUGCUGCAGGCCACCAUCUCGGUGCUGCCGCGACUGCAGCUGGAGACGCUGCAGUCGAUCGGGGCCAUACUCAAGGGCAAGUCGCAGGUGCUGGACAAGAGCAACUUCAAUUUCCGCGGCUCCAUUCCGAACCUGAGCGGACUGAAGGAUGCGGCCGCAGGCAGCGCCCUCAGGAACGUGGUCUCUGUGCAGAAUCUGAGCACGCUGAACGAGGAGUCCAUAGGCACGACCAGUUCUGGCGAGGAGGGAGCGGCCAGUGCGAGUGCCAUGCCCGCAUUUGACGACGUGAUGACGCGCGAGGUGGCCUUCAUAAUGCUGCAGCUGGUCAACGGGAUGAAGAAUCUGCAGGCCAAGGCCAUUGAGGAGACGCCGUUGAGUCUGUCCAAUGUGGUGCUGUCCAAGGACAUGGACAACAAGGAUGCCCAGGCGCGUCUCUGCGUGCUGCAGGGCAACAACAACGAAGAUGAUGAGCCCAUGGGCACGCUCUGCAAGUGCGCCCACUCCGCGCUGACCGACAUGCUGCCCGCCACCAAGAUCACGCCCAUUCUGGCGGACAUCCUGCAGCAGGAGCGUGCCGAAUCGCUGUCCAAGGCCAAGUCCGUGCUGGAGUUUGUGCUGUGGGGACCCUCGGACGUGGCCCUGACGGGCUCCGUCAAGGAGCGAGAGCUGGCCCUGCAACGCUGGCUCGAUCUGGAACGGGCCACCGUCCUCCAUGGUCUGGUCCGCACCCGGGUCGAGCUGACCGUCUACGACGAGUGUCAUCUGAUGUUCCUCGUCCGUUCCACUGCCAAGAUGAUGAAUGAUGCGGCCAAGAUUGUCUGCAGCUAUCAGCAAUCGAUCGCGUCGGUUAGCCAGGACUAGGACUAGCUACCGAUGUUCCAGCUAACCCAACUCAAUUCUUAAAGGAAUUUUCUUAUAUUUAUUAUACGAAAUUGUCAUAGACAUUUAGUCCCUAGAGUCAACCACAUGAUAUAUCAUGAUAAAUAUAUACGAUAAACGAUAUAAUGGAUCCACGAUAAUCUACAUACAUACUACAUACUACACAUAUACAUAUAUAUCUGUAUGUAUCAUCUGUAUCUUUGCCUAGCGUGCCAAAUUGUUUCGCGCGGAAAUUGUCAUGUAUAAACAUAUAUAUAUCUAUAUCUAUAUUAAAUGCAUCCCUAAACGAUUUGUGCAACUUUAAUUAAUUUGUAAACUAAUAGUAAGUCAUUAAUCUAUACGAAUAUUUAUGUAUUACCUACAUAUACAUAUCUCUAUGAAUUGCAUAUUAUGUACGAGUUUGUACGAGAGUAUAAUUACGAGUAAUUUGGUUAGAGAAACAAAUCAACUGGUGUUUGAACGAAUAUAAAUACAUACAUACACACACACACAUAUAUAUCAUCUAUAUAUGAUUUACUGUAUAUCCAUAUUGGUCUGCUCUGCAGAUAAAUAAAUGAAUUAAUUAAAUCCCAAUUAACAUGAAU